AUGUUAUUGCUUUUUUCUACGAAUUGCAUAUCAAAGAAACAUCGACAAUUUCUGUGGCUUUCCCCUUCGCGUUAUCCUUUCGGCAUCAACAUCGACGUUGCAUUGUGGCUUGCUACUCUCUUCGGCACUCACUCGUCUCGCGUCCUACUUUACAAAGCGUCGCUUGAUGAAGACACCAAUUCGGUAUUUGGCAUCUUCUCCAACCGAGACAUCGCGAGGAUCUCCAAUACAAGAAACAGGGCCACCAAGACAAGCCAAUUUUUCCGGGCAGACAUGUGUCGAAUGAUGAUCUUCAGAGGACAUUGCACGCGUUGCGACCAGCCUCAGACUUGGGUUGAUUUGACCCAAGAACUGUCCUGCCUCGAUGCCAAGAACAACGGAUGGUUCGGUGGAUGUCGGCGAGGUAUCCUCGUUGAAGAACAUGACUUCAACCAAGAAUGCUCCAUAUGUCAUGAGGAAGAUGAGGGCAUUGGAGGCUUAGAUGACAGCCAUGUAAUGCCCUACCAACAGACACCACAGACACAAAGCAGUCUUGGCAAAAGAGCAGCUGGGGACCGGGGAGGAUCUAGCGAUGGCUCAAAGAAACAGAGGACUUGA